CCUCUGCCAGUAUAUAUGCAUCCUUGCGCUAGCUAGAUCGCCGCCACUGCUGCACUGCUCACAGUCUGCAGUGAGUGUGCGCAGGGACAGAGAGACAGUGUGGGCCUGAGCAAGCACUUCACUGAAUUUUCAGGGCUAGCUACAUUUAUUGGAGCGAUAUCAAUGGAGGGACUUCCGCCGGGGUUCCGGUUCCACCCGACGGACGAGGAGCUCGUAACCUACUACCUCACCCGCAAGGUCUCCGACUUCACCUUUGCCACCCGCGCCAUCGCGGACGUCGACCUCAACAAGUGCGAGCCAUGGGACCUCCCGAGCAAAGCUAACAUGGGGGAGAAGGAGUGGUACUUCUUUAGCAUGCGGGACCGAAAAUACCCGACCGGCAUCCGCACCAACCGCGCCACCGACUCCGGCUACUGGAAGACUACAGGCAAGGACAAGGAGAUCUUCCACUGCGACAUGCUCGUGGGAAUGAAGAAAACCCUAGUCUUCUACAGGGGCAGAGCUCCCAAGGGCGAGAAGACCAGCUGGGUCAUGCACGAGUACAGGCUCCAAAACAAGUUCCCAUACAAACCCAACAAGGAGGAAUGGGUGGUCUGCAGGGUGUUCAAGAAGUGCCAGAUCGUCAAGAUGAGGCCGCCAACGGGCAGCCCCACGAUGGACUCCCCAUGCCACGACGCCAACGCCUCCCUCGGCGAGCUCGGGGAGCUGGACGUCUCCUCCAUCCUCAGCGGCUUCACGCCGGCUGGGGCGCACACGUCGUCCAGCUCGCAGGGCACGCUCCACCACGGCGCCGGCGAUAGCUUCGGCCACAGGGUGGACAUGAGCGCGUACAUGAGCUGGAUGGCGGCAGCCAACCAAGGCGCUGCGGCUGCCGCUGCGGCCGCCAUGCUCCCCUGGGCCACCGCUCCGGGGUUGUACGGCAACGUCUUCCCACAGAACCAGUUGGUGCAGAAGCCUCUGCCGUUCGCCGGGUGCAGCCAGCCUCGGGAUGUUGGAGGUGAUCGUGCCAUGUUUGGAAGCUCGGUGGCGAAGGUUGACAUGGAAUGCGAUCAGCAGCAGCAGCAGCCGCCGGAGCAGCAGCUGGGAAUGGACGAGCCGACAUGGAGAGCCUUCUGAUCAUUGCUUAUAUUAUAUAUAAACACAAACUAUUACUACACCAGAUUGAUGAACUUAAUUAUGGUCAAUUAAUUACACUUUAGGUGAAUAUUCUAGAUGAAAUGGGACAAACUCAUUGGGUCAAAAUCAAGUAAAGGUUAACUAGGAAAGUGUAUGUUAAAAUGGGACAAACCCAUUAGGUCAAAUCAUCAAGUAAAGGUUAACUAGAAAAGUGUACGUGUCUGUUGAUUUGUGUACUAUAAUUUGUUCGAAACAUUGUAAGCUUGGUCGGUUUGUUAUUAAAAGGCAAAGAAAAAUUUGCUUUGCGGGUCCCUAAACUUGCACCGAAAUUUAAGGUACACCGUAUCUAGUGUAUUUAUCUCAGUU